GAUUCUGAUCAAAAAAUUUCACCACAAACAGAAUCGUUAGAAGAUCAUAUUUAUCAAAGUCACGUUAAUGAAACGCAACCAGAAUCAUCUCUCGAUGAAGCUCCUAAACCGUUACCGGACGAUGAUUCCACAACUCGUGCAUUAUCGAUGUUGGAUCUUACUCCGGUUGUCGAUUUUUACAAAAUAGGAGUGUUAUAUGUUGGGAAAGACCAGUUCAAUGAAACAGAGAUUUUAUCUAAUAUACAUAGUCUCAAGAUAUAUCAAUUUUUUGAACAAUUUGGGAACUUUGAUUCUAUUAAAGGACUGUAA